AUGACAAUCAAAUACCUCAUUCUGCUGUCCCGGCAGGGCAAAGUGCGCCUAGCCAAGUGGUUCACCACACUCGCCCCCAAGGACAAGGCCAAGAUUGUCAAAGACGUCUCGCAGCUCGUCCUCGCCCGCCGCACGCGCAUGUGCAACUUCUUAGAGUACAAAGACACCAAGAUCGUCUAUCGCCGAUAUGCCUCGCUCUUCUUCAUCGCCGGCUGCGACUCGACCGACAAUGAGCUGAUCACGCUCGAAAUCGUCCACCGCUACGUCGAGCAGAUGGACAAGUACUACGGCAACGUCUGCGAGCUCGACAUCAUCUUCAAUUUCCAAAAGGCAUACUUCAUCCUCGACGAGCUGCUGCUUGCGGGGGAGAUGCAAGAGAGCAGCAAGAAGAACGUGUUACGGUGCAUUGGACAGCAAGACAGCCUCGAAGAUAUGGAGGCUGAGGACGAUAUCGUUACCAAGAUUAUGAUGCGGAUGACUUCAAAGGCCGACUUAAAGAGAGCGGCAUCCUAUGAGACCGGACCCGGUUUGCGCAUACGAACACAUGCUUCGUGCGUUGCGACACGGUUCAUCCGCUUCAUUGCUAAAUACCUUCUCAAGGGCAGGCGUCGGAGCAACACGAUAUCACACGGCGCAGGGCGUCGGAUCAUCUGGAGAACGCACUACCUGCCAUCCUGCCUUGUAGAGCGGAUGGCGGUAGCUGUACUCUAUCUACUACAAUGCAAACACCUCGGACUGGCGGGCUUGCUCGACACAGCUAGAUCCUGGAUCAUACGCGACAUAUUCCAUAAGAAAUAUUCAGGCAAUAGGAGCCUACAGCAAAGCACAAUGAAGGUACGUACACGAUGCGAUAAGGCUGGAGGCUAUGACGCAGCUAACCCGGUGGGACCUCAGUACCUCGAUUUGUGCGCCCUCCACGAGGUCAACCUCGCUCUCAACUUCGACACGCAAGAUACCGCCAUCAUCGGCGGAUGCGAUCUGUGGACGAUAAAAGCAGCCGGUAGCGACAAGAAACUAUACAAGCGCAUCGAGCGGACGCUCGAGGAGCGACACAAGGACUUGCUGUCGGCGGUGGCAGGGCUCUCCGAGCAAUCUGCCGCUCAGUUUGCAGACCAACUCGAUGUCUCUCGAGACACACCAUUCGGAACCUUCAGCGAAGCCGCAAACCGUCAUACAUUUGCCUACCUGAUCGCGACGCUCAACGCAACUCACAUCGAUUACGAUUUCGCCAACACACUGAACCCGGACGAGUUCCGUCGCGAGACCAUACACAGCUUCAUGCACAAGAUCGACACAACAAUGUACUACCUCCGCCCCCAAGUCUACUCUGCAGGACUACCAGCAGGCGCAGUCACACCGCUUGGCUCCCCGAUCUGGAGUCCACGGAGUUGGCACCUACUUGAUAGCGAGAUGGACAUGUCAAACUGCGAAUACUAUGCUUGGGAGCCUUCAGAUGACCCAUUUGCUGAUGACGGCGCCAUUUGGAGUCACCACUUUUUCCUAUACAACAAGGAGCGUAAGCGAGUCGCAUACUUCUACCUCCGCGGAGUAUCCGCUCUGUCGAACUCGCCUAGUGUCGCCAUGUCGCUCAUGUCCAAGUUCAAAGCAUCGAAAUACGAAUCCAGCGCCAACGCAGGAAGCAGGAAGCGUGCCGAAUACUGGCUCGGUGACCGUGCUAGAAAAGGACUCGAGGCAUACGGAGACAGUGACGAGCUCGACAACAUGGUCAUUGAUCACCCCGGUGAUGUUGUCGACGCUGAACAACAACGGUACCUGCCGGCCAGAGAGAUGAGCAUGGAUGCCGAAUACUACGAGAGUGAGGACGACAGCGAUGUUGAGUCACUGGUCGACCGAGAGAGGGCCGUGAGCAAGAUACGGUCGAUGAGCGAGUGUGCCAUGGAAAGGAUGGAGGUCUGA